AUGCCUUCAGCCAACGGUUCCGUUGCGCCCACACCGCGUUCACCUCCAAUCGUCUCGUCCCCAAGCUUCGCCGACGCGUCAAAUUCCUCAUCCAGUUAUAAAGGCAAAGGAAAGGCCCCCAUGACCAACGACACCAGCAAUGGCGCCAGCAACGGCAACGGUAUUUGCAACAGCAAGAUCUACACUGCAAGCCACGGCAACAGCAAUGACAACACCAACGGCAGCGGCAACGACAGUAGCAACGCCAACAGCAAAGCCAACAGUAACGGCAACAGCAAUGACAACAGCAAUGACAACAGCAACGACUACACUCCAAGCUACGGUAUCGGAAACCUGACGGAAUACCUCAUCGAUGUCAAGACGCUCACCAAGCUCUGCGACCUCGGCGUAUCAGAAGCCGCCCAGCUCGGAGCCCUUCUCACCGAGCGCUACAAAUCCCUGAACGAAAAGCAAAACCGCCGCAUGGCAGCCGCCACAAAGAUCAUUGACGAAGUCGAGACCAUGAAAGAAGGGCACAAAGUUUUCGACAACAACGUCGUCAACCACUACGACCGCUUCGUCAAAGAACUGGAGGCAGCUGAGACCGCCAUGUACGACGGAAUGAAGGUAGCCAUGUAUACAGAUGCCGCGAAGAGCGCAAAGCUGGCCCGAGAGAACUCCGAGUUUGCCAGGAAUUUGCACAAAAAGAUCGAGGUGUUGAAUGGUGAGUACAAGGCCAAGAGAGAUGAGAUCGUGGCUGCGCGGGAUGAGAUGAUUGAUAUCUUGUAUGGUGCUGUUAUGCGGUGCAUCUUGGUGGGCUCUGGUGCUGUUGAGGGUGAGAAUGAUAAGGACAAGUUGUUGAAUUUAUUCAAGCGCUGA